UAGCGAGCGGGUUUCCUUACCUGAGAUCGAGAAUGCGAUCGGCCCACGACGACCACCACCCCAUUACCCCACGACGAUCAAACAACUGAAGCGAGGGAGCGGUUGAUCGUUCAGCCCGCCAAGAUGCAGAUCUUCGUCAAGACCCUGACCGGGAAGACGAUCACGCUCGAGGUCGAGAGCAGCGACACCAUCGACAACGUCAAGGCCAAGAUUCAGGACAAGGAAGGGAUCCCUCCGGACCAGCAGCGGCUCAUCUUCGCGGGGAAGCAGCUGGAGGAGGGGCGCACCCUGGCCGACUACAACAUCCAGAAGGAGUCGACGCUGCACCUGGUGCUCCGCCUCCGCGGCGGUACCAGGGGAGGCUACCUAAACGUGGAGCCCAAUCUCCUGCAGCUGGCGCUCAAGUACAACGAGAAGAAGAUGGUCUGCCGCAAGUGCUACGCUCGGCUUCCCCUGAGGUCCACCAACUGCCGUAAGAAGAAGUGCGGCCACAGCAACCAGAUCAGGCCCAAGAAGAGGUUCGUCAACAAGCUUUCCAACUGAAGAU